GCUGUUUCUUUUCUCCUCUUCCCUGCGUUCUUACAAGUCCCAUUUUUCUUUCUCUCUCUCUCUCUGCUCGAACUCGAAGCUCUAUCGCUGUCUUUAAUGGCUACUGUUGCUCUUAAUCCUCCCGAAGCAGAGAAGCUCUCUAAGCUUAAAUCUGCUACCGAAGGCCUUGGUCAGAUCAGUGAGAAGGAGAAGGCAGGAUUCACCAAUCUUGUGGCUCGUUAUCUAAGUGGCGAAGCUCAAUUGAUUGACUGGAGCAAGAUUCAGACUCCGACUGAUGAAGUAGUUGUUCCCUACAAGACCUUAGCUCCUUCUCCUGAGGAUGUCGAGGAAACCAAGAAGCUUUUGGACAAACUUGUUGUCUUGAAGCUGAAUGGUGGUUUGGGGACGACGAUGGGUUGUACUGGUCCCAAGUCUGUCAUUGAAGUUCGUAAUGGUUUGACAUUUCUUGACUUAAUUGUCAUCCAAAUUGAGUCACUUAAUUCCAAGUACGGGUGCAAUGUUCCCCUGCUUCUGAUGAAUUCUUUUAACACGCAUGAUGAUACAUUGAAGAUAGUCGAGAAAUACUCAAAGUCAAAUGUUGAAAUUCAUACUUUUAAUCAGAGUCAAUAUCCUCGAUUGGUUGUUGAAGAUUUCUUGCCGCUGCCAUGCAAGGGGCAAACGGGAAAGGAUGGAUGGUAUGUGUGUCAUUCUAGUUUUCAUAUUUUCUCUUAAUGCUAUGAUUAGAUA